CUCGCUAAGCAGAAGUGAACCCAUUGCAUUGAAGAUUAUUGUUGGCAAGUGGCGGUAUAGUGUUCUGCGUGUUAAAAAUAGUAUUGAGUGUAAAUUUUAUGAGCUAGAACACUUGUUAUAUUUGAUUAAAUAACUUUGUUCGAGCGUCUGUUCCAUUUGCUGCUGUGGAGGCAUUUGUGUUGAGUCUUUUCAGCGGUCCCACUCCUGAGAUCCUCGUUUUUGUUAAAUAAGUGGGCGCCAGUCGUCACUGAGUCCACAUUCACAAAGAUAAAAUGGCAAAACGACUUCUGGCACACGUGUCCUUGUGUGUGAUUCUUCUGGUGGCAGUAAGCGUUAACAUGGCAUCUGCGUGCUCCUGUAUGAUGUCGCACCCUCAGACACAUGCAUGCAGGGCUGACUUCGUUAUUGUGGCCAGGGUGAAGAAGGUGCUUGUACGAGACCUAAUGUCCCGUGUCUACAAGGUGAAAAUUAAGAGAGAGUUUAAGAUGAGCGAGAAGGCGAGCGUCCUUCUCAAGUCGGGGCGUCUCGUGACUGCGGGGACGUCGUCAAUGUGCGGGGUGGACCUGAGGCCUGAAGAGACAUACCUGAUCACCGGCAAAGUGGUGGCUGGUCAGGCUUCCAUAAACCUAUGCAACUACAUCACGCCCUGGACCGACCUCACUGUCCGCCAGAAGAAAGGCUUCAGGCUGCUCUACCGCCAAGGCUGCCUAUGCGAGAUAACCGAUUGUCCGUGGUGGAGGCGGUGUCCGAAGGAAUCCCUCAUGGCCGAAUCAUGCCUCUGGGAAACUAGUAUCAAUUCUGACUCCUCCUUGCCCGACUGUCAAGCGAACCACGGCAUCUGCAUGAAGACGCCUAGCGGCAAUUGUGGCUGGUCAACAGACAAGAAAUACCGAGAAUGCAUGAAGAAUCGACGACGAAUCAGGGACGAGAAACUGAGGAAAGAGCCAUGAACGACACAAGGAAACAAGCUGGAUAUUGAUCUGAGGAUAUUGAUAUUAAUUAUUUUGUUAUAUUUCGAAACGCGUUCAAUUAAACAUGUGAAUUAUCUGAGGAAAUGCAUGUUCACAGGAUUCUUGGCGUCUUAAUGUUCGUGUCUCUUGAUUCUCGCAUGCAACUUCACUCGCCUCUGUGUACGGUGUGCGCUUGAAACUAAAAGCAUGUAAGUAAAAUGCGAUGAAGCUGAUAUAGUGAAAUGCAAGAAGUUGUCGUUGUCACAAGAUGAUCGGACCGCAUUCCAUACUCCUUUCUCCACUCUGGACCGAACGGCAAUAUUCGCGCGACAUGCGGCGUAAAACAGAACCCGUGAGUUAAUUCUGCAGAAUUACAUCUAUCGUCACUAAGAACAAAAUGUUAUCAUCAUGGACAAACUGCAUGUUGUAAGGAAGUAUGUUUGUGAUGUCAGUUUAUAAUACUGUCUCACAAUACAAGUGAAAAUGUCCAUUGCAGAAUAUGCAACUGACAGAUUUUUAAAAUUAUAUAAUUCCAUAAAAUUAUGUUCAGAACAUUAUAACUCCUAUGUUUCUUAAGUGUCUUAACGAGUGUAGUAUUUUCAGCGUUUCUUGAUACAGUACAUUUUAUUUACGCAAGACGGCUUUCUGUGUUGUUGACCGCUGUUUCUCGAAUGUAUGUCUGUUUUUUUUUUUUUAUUUUGAGUUCAGAAAGUUACCUUCAGAUUAGUAAUUGAUGUUUUCAAAAGGUUCUGCUCCCAGAAGUUCACUCUUAAAUUCCCUCACAGAUAUACCAGUUUUGGAUUCUGUGCCUUGUCAUUUAAGCUCAGUCCGCAAAACUUCAUGACUCUAGAAUGAUUCCAGAUAUGUAAUAGGUAUUUUGCUUGAUUUAGACUCUCAAUUAGAAGAGAAAAUUAUUUUUGGAUACAUAGCUCCAUCACAACGCCGAGGAAUUGACUCCAGUUCCGCACUAGCUACACGACCCAGGCAUUCGUGUUUAUUUGCAAAUACAGGAACAUAAUUACACUUUUUUGAGUAAUCCAAUAUUUUCGUUCUGUACAGGAAUGAAGUUCCUAAAGCAUCACGUGCUCUUGUUUUCGGCUGAUUGGUACUUCCAAAUUAAUUAAGUCUUCGGUUGAAUUUAAGAGUAAAACUGCUUAAUUCGUUGAUGAAAAUAUUAUUUCUACUUUACUAAUUGUACAUAUGAGGAUACUUUCUUACUGUGAAACACUGGCAGCAAGUCUCUCAACAGACAAUGCGCAAAAACCGACAGAGAGGUUCUCUCUCCGCGUCGUGCCACGUGCAUUUCGUUGGUGACGUUUGAAGCUAGUUUUAAUGUCUUUGUUAAUUGUAGAGACACUUUACCGGCUGAAGGAUAGAAACUGUCUGUAUUCAAGAAGUCUUGAAAACGAAAUAUAUACUUUAUUUUUGCAAACACUUGUAAUUACUUAGCAAUUUUAUUUGGGUUGUUUAGUAAGACAGACUGUACUGAGUCCUGCAGGUAGUCCAGAAGGAUCAAAUAAUCCGAAUUAUUUGCAUACUUCUUCGGGGCAUGUGGACGGAUGUGUAUAGUAACGUUAAUACGCCAAUGAAUUUAUUUGUGAACAUUAUGGAAAGAUUAUGAAAAUAUUCGAUUGUUAAUAUGUUUCGAAUAAUAACAUCAAAAUUAUAAAUUAAAAUCGAAAUGCCUAAUCGUAAAUUUAGAACGGUUACUUUGAAUUUGCCCAGUUCAAACAUUCUCAACACUUAAUGGAUAUGCUGGUAAUUUGUAAUUGCACUGAAAACAUGACUCUAGGUUGAUAUUAUCAGUUAUUUAUUUGACUGUGUGCAGGAUAUGAAGUUGUACAAUUAACGUGGAAAUAUAGGCAUCAAAACUUAUUUGUAACUGGCUAUUGGCUAUUCGUAGUUCGUAAGGUAACUUCAUUCAGCAUUGAUUUCAGAAUAUAUAUUUUAGUACAGAAUGUCUUACUGGUGUAGAUUCCGCAGUUCCCUUGUACUCUACUUUGUAAGCUUGUCCGGUUUACCUUCCGUCUAAGGGUCGUAGCGCCGACGGACGGUCUCCAUAGGGAUAGAAAUAUCGCAGUGAUAUUGCUGACAGUCUAUCAAACGAUAAACUGUCCACCUGGUAUUUUCCAGCAUGGUACCUUCACUUUUAUUGAAUUAAUAUUCUGCUCUAAAUGGGUACCUCCACUUUCAUUGGUUAAUGUUCUGCUGUAAGUGGGUACCUUCACUUUUAUUGAACUAAUGUUCUGCUGUAAAUGGAUACGUUCACUUUCAUUGGUUAAUGUUCUGCUGUUAGUGAAUCCCUGCCUAAAAUCUGGAGCCAGUUGUGUUUGUGAUAUUUAGCGUAAACGUGUUUCAUGAGUCAAAGAAUUAAUAAUUUAUUUAUCAUUCUUUAAACAUUAUCGCCAAUAUAACAUGACCAACUCAUUCAGCUGUGCAGCUGAAAAUGUUACGUAGGAUCAUGUGAUUUCGCUUCCUAUAGCUAGACCUGUCAGGCUUCUCUGUUGCUCUUUUUUGGGAUAAUAUGGAGUACAGAUUUUGCUAAUGGACCACGUUUACAGUAACCACAAAAAUUUUUACCUGAUAAUUAUUAUACCACACGCUAAUCACAGUAACUGAAGAUUCGCGUCUAUUUAUACAACUACGAAGUAACGUUACAUUUUCUUGUAAUACUUUCACUAAAUUCAUGUUCUUUAAGUUAACGUAAUAUCCAAAUCGUCAUAAGAUACAGUAUUUCCGUGUUCAGAGGCUCCUAUAAAGUUCAAGUACUGAAAAUA